UGGAGGCCGGGAACAGGAUGUGAGAGCGGAACUGGGGUCUCCAGUCACGGGAGCCGGGCACCCGGGAGAAGCUCGGCCGCGCAGCAUGGGGCGCCCCCGGCUCCUGCCCUGGGCGCUGCGACUCCUGCUCUGCCUGCUGCCUGCUGGGACGCUCGGAGCAGGGAGCCAUCUCUCCCUCCUGUACCAUAUCACGGCCGUCUCCAGCCCCGACCAGGGGACCCCUAACUUCUGGGUGUCGGGCUGGCUGGGGCCGCAGCAAUACCUGAGCUACAGCAGCCGGCGCAAUGAGGCAGAGCCCUACGGGGCGUGGAUCUGGGAAGACCAGGUCUCCUGGUACUGGGAGAAGGAGACGAUGGAUCUGAGGAGCAAGCAGCAGCUCUUCCUGCAGGCGCUGUCCUUGCUGGGGCAAGGUUCCUACACCCUGCAGGGCCUGCUGGGCUGUGAACUGGAUGCUAACAACGCCUCGGUGCCCACGGCCACGUUCGCCCUGAACGGCGAGGACUUCAUGAGUUUUGACCCCAAGCAGGGCAAUUGGAGUGGGGACUGGCCCGAGGCACUGACCAUCGGCUCCAAGUGGCAGCAACAGGCGGAGGUGGUGAGCAGUGAGAAGGCCUUCCUGCUUACUUCCUGCCCCCAGCGCCUGCUGGGGCACCUGGAGAGGGGCCGCGGCAACCUGGAGUGGAAGGAGCCGCCCUCCAUGCGCCUGAAGGCCCGGCCCAGCACCCCUGGCUUCUCCUUGCUCACCUGCAGUGCCUUCUCCUUCUACCCACCCGAGCUGCAGUUCAGAUUCCUUCGUGACGGGCUGGCGGCCGGCGUGGGCUCUGGUGGCCUCGGCCCCAACGGCGAUGGUUCCUUCUAUGCCUGGUCGUCGCUCACGGUGAAGAGCGGGGAUGAGCACCACUACCGUUGCGUGGUGCAGCACGCGGGGCUGGCGCAGCCCCUGGUCGUGACGCUGGACUCACCUGCCGCCUCCUCCUCCGUGUUCGUGGUGGGAAUAGUGGUCAGUCUCCUGCUGCUCGUGGCCCUGGCUGCCGGUGGAGCUGUGGUGUGGAGGAGGAUGAAGAGCGGACGGCCAGGCCCCUGGAUCUUCCUCCGUGGAGAUGACAUUAGCACCCUCCUGCCCACCCCGGGUCUGCCCCAAGAUGCUGACCCUCAGGACACUAACGCCUUCCCAGCGACCGCCUGAGAGGCCUCCCCACCCCGUGCUGGCUGCUGGCAGCGGCUGCGGUCGGUUCUCUUUCAUGCUGUGAGACCCCUGGAAUCCCGGCAUCUCUGAGCCUCCAGGAGGACCCAUGUUCCUGUGGUCUGCCUCAGUUUGCCCUCUUAAUAUACACGUAACAUAUAACACGAAUUUGGAUCCCAA